AUGGUGUCGUCAACAUCUCAAGAAUAUUCCACUCCAAGUUGCCUGGAUGCUGUGCCAGGUAUUUCAGACGAGUUCGCUGGAAUUUACCAGGAAAGAAUAUUAGCACCUCCGGAAACAGAUUUUAAAACUCUGUGGCGUGAUGAAGAUCCUGAUCAGGUUAUAUCGAGAAUCAAACUCCUCAGUGUCAAAAUAAUGACAGAUCGUAGCCGAAAACAGGCUUCCUCAAAGACUGUGGCCAAAUGCACUCCUGGACCAAAACCGCAGUGUCAAUCUCCGGUCAUAUCUCAACGAACCAAUCAAACAUAUUCACCAUCAACGCGAUUCAACACAACUAAUAGGUUGAAAUUUUCUGACGUGGUGGAUAGUUUAGACACUUUUCAGAUAAAGGGCUCAAAGCGAUGGUUCGAGAAGUUUGAAGAGAAAUCGAUACAAGAGAUGAUGCCCGUGAUAGCAAUUUCCGAAGAAAACCGGGUCAAAAUUGCGGUUUUAGACACAGGUAUCAAUUUGAAGAACACUUUCAUCUCGCAAAACAAAGGAAGAAUACGGUGUUGGCCCAACAGACCAGACUGUGACGAUAUAGAUGGCCAUGGAACCCACACCGCGUAUUUGCUUCUUCGGCUAGCCCCUCAUGCCCAAAUUCAUGUUGCAAAGGUCAGCAAUACAAAAUUUCUAAGAGAUGCUAAUAUCGAACAGAUUGCCGCUUCAAUUGCCCACUUUUCAGGAAGAAGCCGAGUUGAUAUAAUCAACUUAUCAUUUGGCUUUCCUAGGUAUCAUGCGGCACUAAAGCCAAUUUUGACUGCUAUUCGCAAUGCCCGGUCCAAUGGAGUUCUGGUUUUCGCUGCCGCAGGGAACGAUGGCCGCAAUCAAGGAGUUUUCUGGCCUGCUGCCUUGCAUGAUAUCGGGGAUGUGAUUCGCAUCAACUCUUCGAAUGGUAAUGAAAAACCAUCUGACUUCAACCCUGACCCUGGAACAGGUCGCCGGAUUUGUACAUUGGGUGAAGGUGUUCCUUCCUGCCAAUUAUAUGAGGACCCCCCCAGCCGAACAAUACAUCGAAGCGGUACAUCCUUUGCAACGCCCAUAGCUGCCGCCAUCGCCGCAAUUGUUUUGGCUUUCGUGAACAGUUUUGGUGCUGAGAGAGAAGAAUUCGAAGGCUUUGAUGACCUUGUCUCUCGGUUACGUACCCCAGUGGGAGUGGAGAGAGUUUUAUGUCAAGCCUGUGUCUUAGAUUCCACAUAUUCAGCUCCCUCAAAUGGAUUAAAAUCCUCAUAUAUUACACCUUGGUUCUUCCUUGCACGCGAAAGGAAGAUCACGAUUCUCAAGAUCCUCGAAACUCUUGGGCAAGUACCAGAGUCUCCGACUCUAUUUGUAAAAGCAUUCUAA